GCAGGUACCGAACGGUCCUGACGUCGUGCCCCUCCAAAAGUUCCCAAUUCCGCAAACACUCACAUUCUCCCACAUCGUUCGUUUGUAACCCACAUUCCGCUCCUCCUCGCCGUAUUUCUACUUCUCAUAUACUUCACACUCUUUACAUACAGGCCAAUGCGCUCAAACGCACCCUCAUCCAACACCGCCGCUUCGGCCGACCAGACAUCAUCCUGGCCAUCCACACUCACAGACGGCCUCCCGCUCCCCAAGAUGAUCGUUUUCGAUUUGGACUACACAUUAUGGCCGUUCUGGGUGGAUACGCACGUCACGCCGCCCAUCAAGGCGGUAGAAGGCGGCGCGAGCGUCAAGGAUAGAUACGGGGAGAGCUAUGGCUUUUAUCCUGACAUUGGCGGAAUUUUGGUGGCGCUCAAGCAGAAAAAUAUACUCGUCGGUGCCGCAUCACGGACACACGCACCGGAUCUCGGACGCGAGAUGCUCAAGCUUUUGACAGUACCGAAUUCUUCCUCGUCGUCGCCGUCUUCCACGAAACGUGCAAUCGAUUACUUUGACUAUCUCCAAAUAUACCCCGGCAGCAAGACCACGCACUUUGAGCGCAUACAAAGAGAGAGCGGGAUAGCGUAUGAGGACAUGUUGUUCUUUGACGAUGAGAGCCGGAAUAAGAACGUCGAGGCGCUCGGGGUGGUGAUGCAGCUUGUCAGGGACGGCGUGUCGGUCGAGGAGUUGGAUAAUGGAAUCAGGAGUUGGAGGAAGAGGAAUAAGAGGAUACGGAAUUGAAGUGGGUAGGGGAUGUUGAGGAGAAGGUUUCUGCCUCUGGGAAUGAUAGGUUGAAGAAUAUACGACGGAUAUGACGGACCGGUUUUUCGGGGUUUGGAGGCUUAACGAACGGAUUGCAUGGAAUCAUGGCCGUGACCGGUUACCAGUAUCUAGCGAACGUGAAGACAACACUUCAUAACGGAUCACGUACGGAACGUGGCAGGGAGCCAAAGAAACGAAUUUUAU